AAACUCAAGUAAAUACUUAUCCAGAAAAACCCGAGGCCCUUUCCGGUUUGAUAAUUCCAGGUUUUUUUAAAUUUUUUUUUUUUUAUAUUACUUUUUUUUUUUUUAUAAUACUUGAGCAAGGCCUUUGAAUUAUCAAUCAUGGAUAUUUUGCGGUAAAGUUCGUCCGCAUCGAACUCUAAAAGGGUUUCAAAUUGAAGAAUUUCUCUCUAAAAGGGUAUGUGCCAUUUCUGAUUUUCUCGGGAAAAUCAUGGCAUCUUCUCAUGGUAAUUCUCACUCUGAAGCAGCAAAAUCAGAACAAAUCAUCACGGAAUUUUUCGCCAAAGGCCUCCAAAUAAUACUUGAAUCGAGGUCACCGUACAUGUCCUCUCGUAACUAUAGCGGUGAACAAGCUUUAUCGUCACCAUCAUCAUCUUCCUCAUCUUCAUCGAGUGUGAGGCCCAGAGACAAAUGGUUCAAUUUGGCACUUCGGGAAUGCCCUGCAGCUCUGGAGAAUAUUGAUCUUUGGCGACAGAGCAAUCUUGAACCCAUGGUCGUUGAUGUGAUUUUGGUUCAGAGCCCACUUGAAUCGGACCAGGUGAAUUUUUCCCCCAAAAAAGAUCAUUUUAGAAAUUUAUCCUUGAAAGAAAGAUACCCAUUUUGUUCAAAUUCUGAUCAAGAAGAAUUUGGGUUUGAGGGAAAGAGUGAGAAGAUUAUAGAGAGGUGGGUGGUUCAGUAUGAGAGUAGAAAGAUUAGAGAUGGUAGUAGUUCUGGGAGUAGAAGAUCAAGCAAUACUAGUUUGCAUAUGUUUUAUAAGAAAUCUGUAUUGCUUUUGAGGUCUUUGUAUGUCACUGUUAGGCUUUUACCUGCGUAUAAAAUAUAUCGUGAGUUGAAUUCGUCCGGGAAAAUACUUCCGUUUAGUCUUGCCCAUCGGGUUUCUUCAUUUGUUGAGCCAUUUACCCGAAGAGAAGAGGCGGAAUUGCAGCGGUUCGGGUUCACCCCUGUGGAUACCCCAUGUGGGAGGCUUUGCCUUUCCGUGUUUUAUUGUUCAUCACUCUCAGAUGUAAGCUCUGAACCAUCAACUCCAAUGUCCCCACAAGUUAUACAUGAUUAUGUUGGGAGCCCGUUGGCUGACCCACUAAAAAGGUUCCCAUCACUUCCUGUGACAGGAUCAGCAUCACAUGGCUCUCCAUCAUCUUCUCCAUUCGUAAGGCGUCAUAGUUGGAGUUAUGACAUUUACAGAGCCUCACCACCUUCAGCUUCUUAUUCUCCUUCACCUACACAUUCGGAAGCACAAGCUUUGAUUUCUAAUCCUGGUUCAAGGCGUUUCCCUCCUGGAAGCCUGCCACCCCACCCCCCUGAAACAUCUCUAGUUCAUAAGAAAGAUACUAGUUUUGAUGAGUAUUGUCCCUCACCUAUAUUUUCCCUCUCUCCCUCCCCAUCCCCGUCCCCAUCACCUCCAAUCCGCAUUCCUGGAAGUCAAUUGUCAAAGGCUUUUUUACGGUCUGAGAGUGCUCCUGUCAACAUUCCUGCAGCUAAACUUGCUAAUUCCCCUACACUAUCCAACAAGCAAAAUGUGCCUCCAUCUCCUCCUCUUAAAACUACAAGAUCCAGCACUUCUAGGACUGAUAAAAAUGUGGGUUUGAUUCAGACGGGGACUGCAAGUGAUAAGUCUUUCUCUCUUUUGAAAGAGGAGAAUAGGCAAUAUUCGGGGUUGAAGAUAUCAUCCAACAGCUCACCACGCAUUUCAUUUUCCAGAAGCUCUAGUAGGUCCUUCCCUGAUGAUCUUGAUGAUUCUGAGUUUGCUUGCCCAUUUGAUGUGGAUUAUGAUGAUGUGACAAAUCCUAGUAGCAGAACCGAAUCCUUUGAGCGUAAGGAACCUCUAUGUGAACCACUCGACUUCCCUAUCAGAAAAUCCCAAGAGGCUGCUGUUGGUGCAUUAGUACAAAUGUUAAGAAAGGCACCACCUCUUUGCCAAGAUUUCUCCAAUUCAGUAAGUUUGUUGCCGGCCUCGAGGCCUGAAACCUGGAGCAAGAGCAUUCAAGAGCCUGACCAGACUUCUGAGGGACUGGCACCUGUUCAGCAUGUUGCUUCCUCAAGUGUGAUGUCUUCGGGGCUUAGUAUGCCGAAGACAACAGCUGAUGCAUUAGAAGAGCUCCAGGGUUACAGGGUAAUGAAAAACUUGUUGCUAAAGCAAGGUGGUAAGUCUCACAUAUAGUUCAUAUAUGCUUCUGCAGCAGACCUUGCGGCAGAGAUGCUACUGGUUUUGGAAGCUACUAGAGUGUUAAGACCUAUUGUGAUAUGGACAUCAUUUUGGUUUAUAUGUCCUUUGCUUCGUGCUAUACAGCUGAAGAAUAAUUUUGGCAUACCGUUCUUUUUUUUCUUCUGUAAAUAUAUAUGUAAAUUUGAUAAUAGAAGUUUUGCAUAAUGUUUAAGAUUUUGUUACGUAGGGUCUGGCAUAUAUGUAUAUAAUAGAUGAAUUCUCUUAUGAGGUUCAUGAAUGUACAGAAAGGUAGGCUUAGUAGCCAUAUGAUUGUUACAUUUAAAGCUUUGCUGAAACCGUUAUGUAUUUCUUAUGUGCUUGAUUUUUUAAAAAUAGUAUAAGUAGUUUAUUAAUCU